GCCAGAAAGGACCACCGAGAGCCAGAGAGGAGUCCUGAGAGCCAGAAAGGACCACCGAGGAGCCAGAAAGGACCACCAAGGAGCCAGAAAGGACCACCGAGAGCCACCUCUGCUCCCGCCCUGCAUCCCGGCGGCUUCUCUGGGGUGAAGAUGAGUGCUGAAGAGAUUCUGGUGCGUGCAGUAGAACUUGGAAAAAAUUUCUGCCUCUAUUUUGACGACGACGAUGAGCUGGAGUGUGAUGCCCUCUGCAAGGAAAGGACUCUGCACCGGGUGCUGAGGAAUGUGAACAGCCAACUGCUCGUGGUGCGCCCCGACCUGAACGUGGCUGCCUUUGAGGAUGUGACAGACCAGGAGAUGCAAUCUGGCAAAGGGAUGCAUUUCAGCAUUCACUGCUACAAAACCACCACGCCCUUGGCAGGGCUGCCCGUGGCCUUCAGUGUCCAAGUGGAAGACAAAAGUUAUUACAUGUGUUGUGAGAGGGAACGUGGAGAAAUGAUCGUGAGGUUCAAGGAAGGAGAAGUUCCCAAAGAAAUUCCUGGUGAAAGCAACAUCAUCUUUUUCAAAAAGACAUUUACAUCUUGCUCCUCCAAAGCAUUUAAAUUUGAAUACUCAAUGGAAAAAGGAAUGUUCCUGGCCUUUGAGGAAGAAGGCUGCCUGAGAAAAUUAAUCCUAAAGAAACUGUCAAAAGAUGAAGUGGAUGAAACCAUGAAGAUGAGUUUAUGUUAAAUUCAGUCAGAAUGAAAAUCACAACCUAUGAUGGAACAAUUCAACAGUUUUAAAAUACAGCUUGUUUUUUUUUAUAGAAAAACCUUUAGUCUGUCUUUAUCCAAAACAAGUCAGUUUUAACUAUUGUCAGUACUUAUUAAAAAAAAUAAAUAAAUGCAAGUUCUUGGCAGAAGGCCAAGCAUGUUUUCCAGUCAGACAGAAGAAAUAAGAAUGUGCAUGUCAAUACAGUCCUGUAGAUUUUAAUCCCUAAAAUCUUUAAUGCCUGUUGACCCAAAAGCUUUUGAAUUAGGUUUGGACUUUUAGAUAAUGAGUUUCUCACCCAGGCAGCUUGAACAGCACAUCCAGCUGCAUCCUGUGUGAGGAAACCUCAGACACUUUCCACCAGAGACCCUCAGCUUGCCCAGAGGGACUUACCCAUGACUCACCAUCUGCACGCUCCUCCUCCUGGGACAAAAUAACACAGAACACAAAAAUGUUGGCAUUUAAACCAGACCACAGCUCCAUUCUGGCCACAACACCAACAAAAACUGGCCAGCUACUUGCUUUUGCUAAUAAUUAAAAUUUCCAAUCCAUGUUAAAAACAAAACAAAACAAAAAAUCAGGAAGUCUUGUAGAAGCCAAACAGUGACUCGGUCAUUCUGUUCAUUGCAGAAUCACUGAUGGUAACACGAAUUCUCUUCCUCAUAGUGCCACAGAAGUACCAUGAGCAUGUGGAAAGAGCUCUCCACUCCCUGGCAAUGUGAAAGUCAGACAGGAUGAAGCUGAAAGUUAAAAAACACAAUCUCAGUUCCCCCCUAAAAAAUCCCUAAUAUUCCCUCAGCCUCCUCUUCGCUGUCUUUGCAGUCACACAGGACAACACAGACCAGAGUUUUCAGAAAAUAAACCUCAAAAAAGUGUUGCAGAUGGACAUAAAACCCUUGAAAGUUGAAUGUUCCUAAAGUCAAUCUGCAAAAGUAUUUUAUUCUACGUCAAUCCUUGUUGUAUUUUCUAAGAGACAUUAAUUAUCCUUGUAUUAAGUCAAGUCUAAGUCACUGCUAAGUAUUAAUUCAUACAAAUAUUCUUUGUUUUAUGAAGUAAGGCAGAGCAGACCUAGCUACAGAGAAAGUGUAUUAGGCAACCAAAAGCAGUAAGAAUGGUUCAGAAGCAUACACAGAAUUUCUGGAAAUUCUUUAUUGCAUGGAUUAAGAAAAAAAGUAUUCCCUUUUCUACAUCAAUUCCCAGGGUCCAAAGAGUUACAGGGUCUGCCUUACACAUGAUGUCAGAAGAAGCAGUUCACUUUUCCACAAGCCAAGCUUGUUUUACAGAACAGGAAAUCAACCAACAGUUAGAAAAACACUCAUUAAAGCUGGUAUUACAAGGAGAGUUCCCUUUAGCUAUGCAAACCUGAUGUAAUUCAUUCACCCCAAUUUACAGUGCAGCUUGAAUCCACUCACUCCCACUGGACAUUUCCCAGUUAAAUCUGUAUUUAAACCUGGUUUUUAUUCUGUAUAUUCUAAACUAGCUCUGAGCCCCCUGCAGG